CAGCGUCAAAAAUUAGACCACGCGUGCACUCGGUUCCGAUCCAACGCGUCUCAAAAUGAGCCGCAUCUUCCAGUCUAGUUUCCUCGUCCUCUUCUCCAAGCAAAAUCCAGCAGCAACCCCAAAACAGUUAUUAGGUUUUAUAUCCGCAACCAAAUCAGAGCCACAGAUCCGACCGAAAAUGCCGACGUCGAUGCUAACCCGAAGAGCUCCAUCCUUCUACUCCUCCUCAUCCUCCUUCCUCCUCCGCUUCCACUCGCCGCCUCUGCCGCCAGAGACUGCGCACUUCCCCGCGGAGCAUCGUACAGCACGCGAGCCCUGCGCUGUCUCCUCCGCCGAAGUCGAUCUCCCUCGGCGUCGUGGGAGCUCUGUCCUUCUCGCUGUCGUUCUCAACGGCGGCGGCGGCGGCGGCGGAGAGGCGGAGGCGAAGGCUCCACCGACACGGCCGGAUCUUGAUGCCGAAGGAUGUGGUGCUGUACCAGUACGAGGCAUGCCCCUUCUGCAAUAAGGUGAGGGCGUUCUUGGAUUAUCACGAUAUACCGUAUAAGAUUGUCGAGGUGAAUCCUUUGAGUAAGAAGGAGAUCAAGUGGUCUGAUUAUCAGAAAGUGCCGAUUUUGGUCGUGGAUGGCCAGCAGAUGAUUGAUUCUUCUGGGAUUUAUGUAGGUAAUUUGGAAUUUGUUGUUAAUUGCAGAUAUAAUUGAGAAGUUGAGCAACCAGAUUCAGCCUGCUGAGGUGGUUAUUGAUGAGGAAGAGACCAAGUGGAGGAGGUACCAGCUUCUUAUGUUUGUUUAAUUUAGUGAAGUAAUUGUAGACUUUCAGUUGUUUGAAGACGGCAUAGCACUUGUCAAAAUAAGUAGAUAAUUAUAUCAAUUUUCAACUUUCAUUACUUGAAAUUUUAAUUUUGCCCAUAAUAUCACAAAGUUUCACGAAUUUGAACAUUUAGACACUAAAGUUUAAAUUUUCCAAAAUAAUACCUCAAAAUUUCUCAAAUUUUAACUCCAAUACCUCCCAUUGUAUCACUAUUCAAAAUUAUAUUUAAAAGGCAUCACAUGAAUAUCACGUGAUAAUAUUUGGACUGUUAUACCCUAAAUUGAAAAGAAACCUCUCCAAAUCUCUCUUCCUUCUUCAUUUCAAUUAUUUGGCACUAACAUGUGGCAAAAAAUAACUCCUAUUUAACAAUAUUUGCAACAAAUAUUGAAGGAAAACCUUAAAUUGAAAGGAAGAAUUAACUGUAAAGUACUUUUUAUC